UUUAAGAUGGCUGCCUCCAUGGAGCAAGACUGGGAUGAAAUACGCGUGCCGGAUAACAUGGAUAACGAAACGCAAAGCUGUUAUUUGGACCUCAUUCCAAAUGAAAUAUUACUGAAAGUGUUGGAGUUCCUUCCAACGAUUGAUUUAAUUUCAAUGUGUGAGGUGAAUCACAGACUAAAAGAGAUUUGUGUGGAAUCAUCACUUCUGAGACACGUUGACCUGCAUAAAUGCUAUGCUGUUACCCCUCACAUACUUUCUGUACUGCGACGUAACAUCAAAGGAACUCAAAUACAAACUUUGAACAUCUCGCAUUGCUACUGGUUGACGUGUACUCAGUUCGGAAGACUCAAUCUGGACAUGCCAAAUUUAGAUCGUCUGGAUAUACAAGGGACAGCCAUCUCCUUGAAGAUGCUGAUGAAGAUAUUAUCCAGCGCCAAGACUCUCUCCAGUCUGUCCUUUGAGCAUCGCUGGACGAUGCAUUUCUCCGAUUUCAGCAAGAAGGCCUUGGCAACCUGGUCCCAACUCAGUGAGAUAAACGUCCUCGUCAAGACUUGCAUUGAGUGUUCCAUUUUCGAGUCAUGUGAGGGCUUGAAGGCUUUCAGUGUUAGCGCGAUUCAUUUAGCAUCAGAGUCCCGUGGCCACCUCUUCUGUAGGUGUGACAGUGACCUGCUCUGUGAACUCAGAUUCGGACGCCAGCUGGCCUACUUGUAUGUUGGCCAAGAGAUUCAAACUCUCCGCCCAAAGAUGUAUACGCACCGCGGUUUUGACCCAAUGGAAUGCAUGUGUCCACUGUGUUGUGAUUCCUGGAACUGGAGCUUUUGUUUUUUCAAUUCCUACGCAGAAUGUGCACAGGUUCUGGCUAUGAAUGCUAUGAAGACAUGUGGCGAAUAUACCCUCAGUUAUUUCAAAUCAGCCGUACCCACACAGACUGUUCGUCACUUGUAUCUUCGCACUCGUUGCAGUGAUCAAACAAAAGAACAUCUCGCCCUUAUGACCAAGCUCUCCCAUUUGAAGACUUUAAAUAUCAGCGCCUGUUUAUUCAACCAUAGCGAUCGGUAUCUCUCAGAUGUGGAUUCAUUCAUUCAACAGAUGUAUUUGCAGUUCUUUGACGCCCUCGUGGAGAAACAGAUUCCACUGCAACAUUUCAAUUUGAACUUUCAUGACCCCAUGCACUUUCAUGAAGCAGGCUCCACCAAUCAGCUUGCGCCUGUCCUGGGCAAGCUGACAGGUCUGAAGUCAUUGUCGUUGCCAAUCUGUAGCCUGUCAGAUAGCAGCCAAUCACAGCCAGCGUGGAUGACAUCAUCACAACUUCCCACCAAUCCUGAGGCAGGGUUGAGUUAUUGUUCCCCCAGUUCCAGCAAACGACAACGAGUUGGUUCCAAGACCAAUAAUUACAUCAGGUGUGAUAGCUGUCUGGCGGAGGUUAAUUGUGCUUAUGAAAGAAGAAAACCAAGAAAGGAUCAAAUUGGUGGUAAUUGCAUCUACUGCGGCAGUAACUUGGCUCAGAUUGUCAACGGUACGCCGGGGUUAGAAUCCUUGGAGCUCAUCGGCCAGGGAUGUCGGUCUCUCUUGAUGCCUGACCUCCAACUUGACAUGAAGGAUAGGAACCUGUACACACCAUGUCCUCCCUCGACUGUCUCAGCAGUGUCUGAAGACACACUCCUGUGUAUCUCCCGCUGGACCAACCUCCAUUCUUUGGUACUGGUUGGCUUGCCAACGGUUCUUCGUGGCCAUUGCCUGGUACCCAUCACCCAGAACUGCAAGCAGCUCAGAUACCUAUCCAUAGCCCAUCUAGGACGAAGGGGACAGUGUCAGUUCCUUGGCAACCUGUGUGAAGCAUUGCAACACGCUCAUCAUUUAGAGGACAUGAGGUUGGAGCAUGACAACAUUGAUAGCAUGUCCUCGCUGUUCAGGGCCAUACAAUGCUGCCAGUCCAUCAAGAGGCUCUGCCUCAUCUCCAAACAUGGAAGCGUGAACAUAGUUGACGUGGUGAGGAUGAUCAGUAAGUGUCCUGAGUUGAUGGUAGUGUGCCUCAUCUGCUCAAUGACAGCCACAGACUGCAAGCAUCUGAAACAGGAUAUCACAAGAAGGUUUGGGAACAGUCGGCCAGCAUUGCGACUUGCCAUCGGCAAAUAUCCUGAAUAUGUAACCUCAGGCUCGCAUAAGGAAUGCCUGAGAAGCAUGCCGGACAUCCACAUCAGGGAACUCAUCAUGCUCAGUAGCAAGGUGGCUGUUACACCGCCCUCGUGGGGUGAAUGGAAAGCCAGUCUCACUGAGAAGGACAAUGAGUAGACUGGAGACGUUUUGUUAUCACAUGCAGUCAUGUGGGCCAAGUUAAAAACGUUCCUCACAGUAGCCUGAUCACACGCUCCAAAUCUUUAGACACAGAUCCGGACAUCAGCCCCUUGUUUGCCGAUUGACCUAACAUGUAGGUGUCGACUUCAUGUUAAUCUCUAUGCUAUGUUUGUAUCUUGCAUCAAAAAUAAUUCUUAGUCAUUGACUAAAUUCUGGCUCUAAUUCUGGCUCUGGCUGUAUGAAUAAGGAGAUAUGUUUGUCUUGCAUCUUAGGUGUGUCUGAU